CGGCCCCGCAGCAGCCCGGCCAUGGCGCCUGGCCGUGCGGGCGGUAAGGCGGCCGUGGUGCUGCAGUGCGAGUGGCAGCAGUGCUCCUUCGUGGCCUCCGGCAUGGAGGAGUUCUGCGCGCAUGUGGCGCAGCACCUGCAGCAGCACCUGCCCGGCUCCGGCGGGCCCAGCGCCGACAUGGACCCGCUGGAGGAGUACACGUGCCUGUGGCAGGACUGUGGUUUCUGCUCCCCGGCGAGCUCGGCCGAGCUGGUGCGCCACGUUUACUUCCACUGCUACCACACCAAGCUGAAGCAGUGGGGGCUGAGGGCCCUGCAGGGCCAGGCGGAGCUCAGCCACUGCCAGCUGGACUUCCAGAGCCACAACAUCAUCCCCGAGAUCCAGGAGAGCUUCCUGUGCCUCUGGGAGUACUGCGAGAGGUCGUUUGACAACCCCGAGUGGUUCUACCGGCACGUGGAGGAUCACAGCUUCUGCUCCGAGUACAAGGCAGCAGGGAAGGAGAACCAUGUGCUGCUCUGUGGCUGGAAAGACUGCAACUGCAGCUUCAAGGGCCGCUGCAAGCUGCGGGAGCACCUGCGCAGCCACACGCAGGAGAAGGUGGUGGCCUGUCCCACCUGCGGGGGCAUGUUUGCCAACAACACCAAGUUCUUCGACCACAUCCGCCGCCAGACCGCCCUGGAGCAGCAGAGGUUUCAGUGCUCCCACUGCUCCAAGAGGUUCGCCACCGAGAGGCUGCUCCGCGACCACAUGAGGAACCACGUGAACCACUACAAGUGCCCCCUGUGUGACAUGACCUGCCCGCUGCCCUCGUCGCUGCGCAACCACAUCCGCUUCCGCCACAGCGAGGAGCGCCCCUUCAAGUGUGACUACUGUGACUACAGCUGCAAGAACCUCAUUGACCUGCGGAAGCACCUGGACACGCACAGCAAGGAGCCGGCGUAUCGCUGCGAGUUCGAGGCCUGCAGCUUCUCUGCUCGCUCCCUCUGCUCCAUCAAACUGCACUACAGGAAGGUCCACGAGGGUGACUCCGAGCCCAGGUACAAGUGCCACGUGUGUGACAAGUGCUUCACGCGGGGGAACAACCUCACUGUGCACCUCAGGAAGAAGCACCAGUUCAAAUGGCCCUCAGGACAUCCUCGCUUCAGGUACAGGGAGCACGAGGACGGCUACAUGAGGCUGCAGCUGGUGCGCUACGAGAGCGUGGAGCUCACAGAGCAGCUGCUCAAGGACAGGGAGAAGCGUGGGGAGGCCUUGGAUGGCUCCAGCGAGUGCAUGGUGCUGCCUGAGGGCGAGGGCAGCCUGCAGGGAAUCCUUCUGGAGCCUCCAGCAAACCCUGCCCCAGCAGAGAACACAUCAGAGCUGCCUGUGCCCCCUGCCCUGUGCUCUGCUCCCAGCCCUGAGCCAGCACGGCCCAGCCCCUUCCCAGGAGCUGCCUCCUCAUCCUCGUCCUCCUCAGAGCAAGGAGGCAGCAGCAGCAGCAGCCCCAUCAUCCGUGUGGUGAGCAGGACCAACGAGCAGGGCCAGAGUGAGACUGUCUAUUACGUGCUGGCCAGCACAGCCUCGGAGCAGCAGGGCACUGCAGCCCUGGAGCUGGAGGAGAACGUCAUGGACAGGCUGCAGAAAACAGCUGAGGAGCUGGGCAUCCACAUCCUCUGAGGGGCUGCUGGGCAUCACCCACAUCCUGUGAGGGGCUGCUGGGCAUCAUCCACAUCCUCUGAGGGGCUGCAGGGUAUCCAGAUCCUCUGAGGGGCUGCAGGGUAUCCAGAUCCUGUCAGGGGCUGCCCCUCUGCAGCAGUUUCAGCCUCCUGGGAUGUGCUGCUGGAGGAGGGCUUGAGGAUGUGCUGCUGGUUCUGGUCAGCAUGGGGAGAGGGGAGGGACACAUCCCCCAGGUGUGAUCUGAGCUGGAAGGAGCUGUCUGCCUCCUCCUUUUGGGGAUUGGGGUCUGUCGGGGUUCUCCCACCCUUCUGGGAGCUUUGGCAGGGUGGAGUGCUCACCACUGUGCCCUUCUGAGCCCGUUCCCCGGGCAGGAUGGUGUGUGGAGCACACUCUGGUGCUGAAGCCUCUUCCCUGGGAACACGUGUGGCCCUUGGCAGGCCUGUCCUGCCCCAUCCACGCCUUCUCCAGGGGUUUCAUGCCUUCAUCAGCACUUCCUGCACACAUUUCCUGUCUCACCUGCUGCUGCUGGUGGUGUUUGCUCCCCUGAUCCCAGAACCAGCUCUGGGAGGAGGCCAGGGCAGCACUGGGACAUUGGGAGCUUCUUGCUGCUUUUGGCAUCCCCUGGGUGUCCUCCCCACAUUGGGGUUUGGGCUCCUGCUUGGGCAGGGUGUGCUUUGGCAAGACAAAUAAACAUCAG